AGGGGAGUUCACAUCCGGUGCCGCAGUGCGCAUGCGUGGUCCAACUAAGCCGAGGGCGCGGGAAAAAAUCCUUCGGUUUGUACGUCAUUUUACAACAAUUAACUACUUAAAAAUUUAACGCAAACCAGAUUUUGACAUCCUCGUCUCUUGAAAGAAGAGAGGGGCUAGCCCUCCUGAUCUGUAUCGUUCGGUGAGGGCAGUUCUUGCUAAAAGACUCUAAGUUGACCCGGUCGCAAAUCCGGACUAGAACCGGUCUGAUAUCGUCCCACGUUGCCUUUUCAAUGAUCAGCUGAGCCGGCUAAAUUUGCAGACAGGUCCGGACAAGUUUCAUGUGUGAUUCAGACUGUUCCUGGGUGUUUCUGAAGGAACGUGCGGUCCAGAUAAAGUGCCUGAUCCAACCAUGAGUCUACAGAUGACUCUGGACCGGUUUCGCUUCCAGAAGAAAGGAAAAACAGGACAAGACCAGGGGGAGGGUUCGAACAACCGGCCAUGCACGCCUGAAAAUACAAUAGAUGUGGAUUGUAUCCCAGAAACCCCUCAGUCCCAGCAGCCCAGUCCAGCCAGUCCUGUUGUCAUAGCGACCAAGACCAAGAAGAAGCAGGGCCAGGCGCUGCAGUACUCCGACUCAGAGGGGGAGGGGGGCGGCGUGAAGAGUCCUAAACCUGUCAGGAAUGGGAACGUACGGAUGGGCAGGAAAAUCAACAUGGAGAGGAACAAUGCAGCAGUUAUGAUUUCUGACGACUCCAGCAAUGAUGAUGAUGAUGAUGUCACAUCCCAUCCUGUUGCCGGGCGACCGUCCAGCUCCACGUCAGGGUACUGCUCCAACGGGGAGGGCGGGGCCGUCUCCAGGGAAACGGAAGACAAGCUGGCACACCUGCAGGAGAUCUUCCCUGAACAGACACGGGAGGAACUGUUGCCGGUCAUCUUGGACACAUCCGGACUGGAGUCAGCAGUGGCCGCUGCUUUCAAACUGUUCUCAAACGAUAUUGAUGAGGAACCAACUUACGCUCCUACCAGAAGGAAAAGACAGCGUGUGGAAUCUCAAGAAUCCAACCACAGCCUAGAAUCAGACCACCCUAGCAAGAAACAGUGUACCCCCUUCAAAAAAACAGAAGUAAAACCAUCUAGUAGUGGAAAUGCAGAAAAGAAAACCAGUGUCUCUACCAAACUCAGGAAAUUCAGAUUCGACGUACCGGUAGAUUUGACAGAAGAUAGUGCAAGUGGUGGCUCUCAGGAGCAAUCUGACUCAUUAACAGUAAAAGAUGAGAAAACCGAGAGUCCUGGCACACCAAUAAAGCACAGAUCCAAGCUACAGAAGUUGCGCGUCUUUGACGAAAGCGAAGAAGAAGAAGAUCAAAAAGCAGUUGAGGAUUCAAAGCCCAGCAAUAAUAAGCUUACCAUGUUGACUAGACCGUCCAGCCCGAACUCUGUUUUACGCUGUAUACGUAUCGAAGAAGGUUCCACGCCGCGGAAGCAAACGGCAAGAAAAUCCACAAACAGCAGUCGGUCUGCAGCGCAAGAGAGCCCCCAGGGGGCCGUAAACAGAACUGCAGCACUGCUGGGCUUGAAUGAAGACGUAGUGCAGAAUGGGGAGACCCAGGACUCAGAUGUAACAGUUAUUAACAGCCAGGGUAGGGAGAUGCUGGUGGAACAGUUGCAGGAAUUCUUCCCAGACAUGCCUAAGGAGGACAUUGUUGCAGCUCUGGAGGCAGAGAACUGGGACCAGGAAGCAGCAGCCAGCAGUUUGUCCUAUAGGAUGGAGAAGGACCAAGAAGAACGCUCGAGCAGGAGGAAACAGAAAUUGAACCCCAGAAAGGAACCACCCGUGGAGACAGAAGCUGGCACCAGCAAACAGAAGAAGAAACCAAAACCAAGCAGUAAGAAGAAGAAGUACGCAGACUCCGAUGAUGAUGAUGAUGAUGAUGAUGGAGAUGCGUAUGGUUCAGAUGAUGACCUGGAUGACAGUUAUGGGGAGGAGGAUGAGGAGGGGGAGGACAUGCCCUCAGAGAAACAGGUGGCGCUGCUGUCCCUGUUCAGUGAUGCGACGCUGGAGGAGCUGACGACCGUUCCCGGCUGCUCCAAGAAGAAAGCGGAGGUCAUCAUGGCCGCACGACCCUUCCGGAACUGGAAAGACAUCGUUGGGAAGUUCAGUGAGACUGCAGGGUUAAACUUGACUAUCCUGUGGAGCGGACAGGUCCUGCUGAAGGAGAGACAGGUCAUCAAACGGCUCAUGGACCAGUGUCACAAGAUCUCCAAGGCCCAUCAGCGGAUCGUGACCUCCCAGAUGGGUCGGAGUCUGGAGCAUGAGGACGACGAGGGGGACAUCCAGCUAACGGAACAGCCGGGGAACAUGAGCCAAUCGCUGCAGCUGAAGCCGUACCAGCUGGUGGGACUGAACUGGCUGGCUCUUCUCCACUCACAGGGCAUCAACGGCAUUCUGGCUGAUGAAAUGGGUCUUGGGAAGACUGCCCAGGCCAUCUCCUUCCUGGCAUACCUGUUAGAGCAGGGAGACGAGGGACCACAUCUCAUCGUGGUGCCGUCCUCUACGCUAGACAACUGGGUACGGGAACUCGCUCUCUGGUGCUCCGAUCUCAAGGUGCUGAUCUACUACGGUAACCAGCUGGACAGACAGGCCAUGAGAGAUGACAUACUGGAGGGAGUGGAGGACUUCCAUGUACUCGUUACUACGUACCAGUGCUGUGUGGGUUCUGCCACUGACAGGACGUUGUUUAAGAAGGUGCAGUUUAACUAUGCCAUCCUGGACGAGGGACACAUGCUGAAGAACAUGCAGACUCAACGAUACCAACAGCUACUCAGGAUAAGGAGUGAGAGAAGACUCCUGCUGACUGGUACUCCCAUUCAGAAUAACCUGCUGGAGCUGAUGUCCCUGCUCAACUUCAUCAUGCCCCACAUGUUCAGCGCUCGCACCACAGAGCUGCGCAGGAUGUUCGCUGCUGUCUCUAAGGGAAAGUCGGAGAGUAAGUUCCAGCGGGAGAGAAUCGAGCACGCUAAGCGCAUCAUGCAGCCGUUCGUCCUACGGAGGCUGAAGAGAGACGUCCUGACACAGCUGCCCAAAAAACAUGAGCAGGUGGAGCGCUGCCCCAUGACAGACACACAAGUGGAGCUCUACAACGAUCUGAAGGCAAGGUUGUCUCGCUCCCUAAAGACUGAAGACGGGUCGUCGACCCUGAGUGGUGCUAUGAUGCAGCUGAGGAAGAUGGCGAACCACCCUCUCCUCCACAGGACAUACUACACACUGGACAAACUCAGGGACAUGUCUAAACACAUGCUUAAGGAGCCUACACACCAUGAUGCCAAUGCAGACCUGAUAUUUGAAGACAUGGAAGUCAUGUCCGACUUCGAGUUGAACAACCUGUGCAAAAUGUACUCGAGCCUGAGUGAGUACACCCUGUCUCCUGACCUGCUGCUGGACUCGGGGAAGUUCCGGCUGCUGGACCGCCUCCUGCCGGACAUGGCAGAACGAGGUGACCGCGUCCUGCUGUUCAGCCAGCUGACCAUGAUGCUGGACAUCGUGGAACCCUACCUGAAGCGCCGCAAGUACAAGUACGUCAGGCUGGAUGGACAGACGGCCGUCACUGAAAGACUGCAGUUGAUUGACCAGUACAACAACGACCCUGACAUCUUCAUCUUCCUGCUGUCGACGCGUGCGGGGGGGCUGGGCAUCAACCUCACCUCCGCUAACACCGUCAUUCUGCACGACAUCGACUUCAACCCGUACAACGACAAACAGGCCGAGGACAGGUGUCACCGCGUCGGCCAGACAAAAGAGGUUCGAGUGAUGCGGCUGGUGAGUGCAGGGACAGUGGAGGAGGCCAUCCUACAGUGUGCUGAACACAAACUACAGCUGGAACAGGACAUGACCAGCAAUGAAGAUGAGAAUGCAGAAAUCCCCAGUGACAUGGCCAAGUUGCUGAGGCAGUGCCUGGAUCUAUAGACAGGGGGAGCUGCAGCACAUGACACCAUGGUGCCAGGUCCAAUCUGUAUCUUCUUUGCCAAGACACUCUUCUCUUUCAUAACUGCACUGUUUUUUGUAUGCGGCGUUGGAAGUUUGUGCUGUCAUGUGAUGGUGCUAUGAAUCUCAACAAGGCAAAGAUAUUUAUAUCAGUCGAAUCUGUUUUUUGUAUUUCAAAGAAAAGAGACUGAAACGAACUUAGUGUAGCUUUGGAAGUUUGCACUUUUUUGUGAUGGUACCAUGAAUCCUAAAAAAAGGCAGAGAAUAUUAAUACCAAUCGAACCUGUUAUUUGUAUUUCAAAGAAAAGAGAUUGAAAUGGCAGUCAGCGAAACUUAAAUUGUGCCUCGCCUCAGAAAACCUGCCAUAGUACCUUGUCCAUACCUGUGAGGAGAGAAACUGUUUGAUGAUUCUGUAACUGAAAUGUUGCCUGUGAAAGUGCAGUCAUCAAAGUGCAAUUUCAAAUGCAGAUUAUUCCAUGUGGAAACUACACGCAAGAUGAUGGUAAGAUACGCACAUGACGUUGGUUGCCCAAAAUGUGUGUGCAACAGAGGUAAAACUUAUUUACAGAGCUAAGUUAGCUGUUCUUUUAAUGCCAUUGCCUAGGUUCUAAGAGUUAUUAUGUUAAAGACUAGGUUUACACUAGUCUAAGAGUAAUACUACAAAGAUGAUGAAUUAUACUUUUUUCACAUCAUUUGUUUUGAUUUAUAUGUAGAAAUAUUGUUUCAUUAGAAGAGGAAACCUAAGUCUAAAGUAUUGUGCUGGUGAAGACUACAUUUUGAUGGAAAAGUGGACCUGCAUAGAGUCUAUUAUCACAGCUACAUUUGUCAUUUUCCAUGUCAUUUUACAUACAUUGUAGAGACAUCUCAGGUGAAAAGAUGUAAUACUGUACAAUGCCAUCAUCUUUUUUGGCCUACAUGUAUAUCUAUUGGACAAUACUGUCUCAAGUGCAUAUAGUGUUUUGUGGAUUCUUGUCUCUUGAACAUGGAUCAGAUUCAUGUAGAAUGUACACAAGCAGUUUUUUGUCACCCUUAUUUUAAUAACUUCUUGUUUUCUGCUUGUAGUCGUAGCAUAACUAAUGGAGGUCUGUAGUAUGUUAAUAGGAAGGUUACUUCUUUACUGCAAGAGUUUUGUUUAAUAUCACAACAUUCCUUUUCAGUGUUUGAAUAA